GAGCUUCUCCGUGCGAACCGGUUAGUUUCGUUCCAGCGUCCGACCGAGACGCAACUAUUAACAUGAAGCUGUUUAUAUGCUUAUUUGCCCUCGUGGCAACAGUCAUGACGGAUACAAAUUCCGAUCUCCUGAAAUCUGCAAAUGAACAAUUUACCGCCAAUUUGUUCGGAGAAGCGAUGGCAUGGAUUCCAAACUCAAGUCUAGUGCUAUCUGCGUUUUCUCUAUUGUCACCACUCGCUCAAUUAGCUCUGGCAUCAGAGGGACCUUCCCACGAUGAAAUAUUAAAAGCAAUCGGCAUGCCAAAUGACGAUGUGACAAAACAAGUGAUUAAAGAUAUGGGCAAGCAACUUCGAUCGGUAAAAGGUGUUGAAUUGAAGCUAGCAAGCAGAGUGUACGUUGGGAAUGACGCUGAAUUAGACGAUGAAUUCAACGCAAUGUCAAGGGAUGUCUUCAAUUCUGACGCUAAAUCCAUCGAUUUCUCAAAUGAUCUAGCUGCUGCAGAUGAAAUAAAUGCCUGGGUUGAAGAUCAAACAAAUCACCGUAUUAAGAACCUAGUGGACCCAAUUUUACUAAGACAUUCACCACAAGCCGUUCUCGUAAACGCAAUUUACUUUAAGGGUGAAUGGAGUAAGCCCUUCCCGCUAAUAAAUACUGAAAACAAACCUUUCCACCUCAGCUUAGAUGAAACUAUAAAAUUACCAAUGAUGUAUAAAUCUGAUAAUUUAAAAUAUGGAGAAAGUGAAGCACUUGAAGCCAAGCUUCUAGAACUGCCAUAUGUAGGUGGAGAAACUUCACUUUUAAUCGUUUUACCAAAUAAAAUAGAUGGCAUAAACGCUCUAAUUCCAAAACUCAGAAAUCCUGCGGUUUUAAAUAAGGCUAUCGACGAGAUGCGAAACACUGAAGUUAAUGUGUACCUUCCCAGAGUGAAGAUUGAGAGCAGAUCGGAACUGGAUGAAAUAUUGAGAAAGGUUGGAGUGGAAAAGCUUUUCACUUCAGAAGCUAAAGUGACAAAACUGUUGAAGGGAAAAAGUUUAGAAGUAUCCUCUGCUAUUCAGAGAGCUUAUAUUGAAGUUAAUGAACAAGGAUCCGAAGCAGCUGCAGCUAACGUUGUCGUCUUCACGGCCGGUGCAACAUUAAAUCAGCCAGCACAAGAGACAUUCAAUGCUGACAGACCUUUUUACUUUGAACUCAGAAACUUACAGAAGACUUUAUUCAAUGGAGUACUCUUUGAGCCUUCAUACUAACAUAUAUUUAUUAAUCUAAAAUGCAUUAAUUACUUUAAUUUCUGCAUUUCUUAAUCCGACCAACCUUAUUACAUUUUCCCUUUUCCUCAAGAAUAAUAAAGUUUUAAAUUAUUACAAUCCUUUAUUUUUUUGUAUUAUAUGUAUGUUGGUAUUAACGACUUUGACUGAGACUUGACAAAUUUAAAUUAGGUUAGCGUACCGCCAAGCUAUAGGGAAGACUAUUAUCACAAAAGUGUUUGAACAUGAUUUAUUUUGCAUGUUGUGUUUUCUGUUGGCCAUUGGUGUUGGACUUGAUUAACUAAUAUAAAAUUCAGUAAUAAAAAGUAUUUCCUUGUCUAAUUUUGCAAUUACAUCACAAACUGAGUCUGAUUAGUAUUCUUUUUUUAUUUUAGUCCCUUCACACUAUCUAGACUUUUUUACUGCCACACUUUCAAAUAUGUCUAGAUUCCUAUCAAAAUAAUUUGAUAUGUGUGAUUGUCAAUCGUUUUACCCUACUGUUAGACAGUGUGUCGUUUCUUUAAGAUAAUAUUUUUUAUCUGACUGCUUGUAUGCCAGUGAAUCUUGUCGGUUGAUAACUUAGGCCAGAACUUGGGGUAAAAUAUA